AUGGUCGGUGCCUUUGCUGCCUUUGCCGGUAUCCUCUACGGAUACGAUACUGGUACCAUUUCCGGUAUUCAAGAGAUGCCUUACUGGAUUGAGCAAUUCAACGACCCUGCAGCCCACGGAAAGAUCUCCUUGAUCGUCUCUAUUCUCUCAGUCGGUACCUUUGUUGGUGCCCUGGCUGCUGGUCUCAUCGCCGACUGGACUGGCCGCAAGUGGGGAAUCAUCAUCUGUGCCGCCAUUCCUUUCAACCUCGGUGUCAUUCUCCAGGUCGCUUCCACUGAGCAGAGCAUGUUCAUUGCUGGUAGAUUCUUCGCUGGUCUCGGUGUUGGUCUCGUCUCCGUUCAGAUCCCCAUGUAUCAAGCCGAGACUCUGCCCAAGUGGAUUCGUGGUUUCAUUAUCGGUUCUUACCAACUGUGUAUUACGAUUGGUCUGCUUAUCGCCUCUCUCGUUAACUACGGUAAGCUCUGCUCCUCCUCGAUAUUUUACCAAUCAGCGUCUAACAUCAUCUANGCAACCAAGGAUCGCAACGACAGUGGCUCUUACCGCAUCCCUCUCGCCAUCCAGUUCGCCUGGUCGCUCAUCCUCUGCUUCGGAAUGUUCAUGCUUCCCGAGACCCCCCGUUUCCUGAUCAAGAAGAAUAAGCAGGAAAAGGCCAGAAAGUCACUCCACUUCCUCCGUCGUCUUCCCGAGGACCACCCCGCCAUCACCGCCGAGCUUGCUGAGAUCACUGCCAACUACGAGUACGAGAUGUCUCUUGGAACUGCUUCGUACCUUGAGUGCUUCAGAGGCAACACUGGAAAGCGCACCUUUACCGGUAUUGCCCUCCAAUCUCUCCAGCAGCUUGUCGGCGUCAACUUCAUCUUCUACUACGGUACCUCGUACUUCAGCAGGAACGCUCCCGCCGACCCUUCCAUCCAAUGGCUUCCCAGCGCUUUCAUCCUUUCAGUCAUCACCAACGUCAUCAACGUCAUCUCCACUUUCCCUGGUCUCUGGGCCAUUGAUCGCUUCGGUCGUCGCCCUGUCCUCCUUGCUGGUGCUCUCGGUAUGGGUAUCUCGCAGUACAUUGUUGCCGCCGCUGGUGUUGCCACUUCGCCUACCGAUUACACUUCUGCUUGCGCUCAGUUCGCCUUUAUUUGCAUCUACAUCUUCUUCUUUGCUUCUACCUUUGGUCCCGCUGCUUGGGUCGUCACUGGCGAAAUUUUCCCUCUUAAGGUCCGUGCCAAGUGUAUUUCGAUGACCACUGCUGCCAACUGGUUCUUCAACUGGCUGCUUGCUUUCAUCACACCCUACCUUACCGAAAUCCAGUACGCCAACCUUGGUCCCAACAUCUUCUGGAUCUGGGGAGGCUUCUGCUGGAUCGCUGUUGCCUUCGUCUGGGCCUUCAUCUACGAAACCAAGGAUCUUUCUCUCGAGGAGGUCAACGAGCUGUACAACACUGUCGGCAAAGCAUGGAAGAGCAAGUCUUACCGUCCCAUGAUCAGCCAGUCCAACGGCGAUUGGGAUUCUGCUCGCACCAAGGCCGCCGCCGAGGGCAAGACUUCGCAUGCACCCAGUGACGAGAUGCUUGAGAAGGCAUAG